AUGGCUUCGGCGGGCAGCGGCAUGGAGGAGGUGCGUGUGUCGGUGCUGACCCCGCUGAAGCUGGUCGGGCUGGUGUGCAUCUUCCUGGCUCUGUGUCUGGACCUGGGCGCCGUACUGAGCCCGGCCUGGGUCACGGCUGACCACCAGUACUACCUGUCCCUGUGGGAGUCCUGCCGGAAGCCCGCCAGCCUGGACAUCUGGCACUGCGAGUCCACGCUCAGCAGCGAUUGGCAGAUUGCUACUCUCGCUUUACUCUUGGGUGGUGCUGCCAUCAUUCUUAUUGCAUUCCUGGUGGGUUUGAUUUCUAUCUGCGUGGGCUCUCGGAGACGCUUCUACAGACCUGUUGCUGUCAUGCUUUUUGCAGCAGUUGUUUUACAGGUUUGCAGCCUGGUCCUUUACCCCAUCAAGUUCAUUGAAACUGUGAGCUUGAAAAUUUACCAUGAGUUCAAUUGGGGUUAUGGCCUGGCCUGGGGUUCAACUAUAUUUUCGUUUGGGGGUGCCAUCCUUUAUUGCCUGAACCCUAAAAACUACGAAGACUACUACUAG